AUGAGCAAAUUCAAGGCUGCAGACACUGGCCUCCUGACGGCGCACGCCCAAGAGAAUGAUUUUGCUAUGGGCGACGUGAGGCAGAGCAGCUCAGGCGCGUCUUGCAGCUAUGAUCCGAGGGACCCGAAGCAAGAAUUCAGGUGGGGAGCGGGCGGCAGCAGCAGUCCCUUCAGCAGCAGCCCCUUCAGCAGCAGGGAUGCACAGCGGCAGCAGGAGAGGAUCAGGCAGGCGGUUCAGCAGCAGCUGCAGCAGCGGCCAGCCUGGCAGACGCUGCUCGUGCCCGCUGCCAGUUUAGGCCUGCUUACGCUGCUCUUUGGUCCCAUAUUGUUUGGCCUGCUGACGGCUGGGCUGGCGAUAGGAGCUGCCAUCACCUUCAGCGCGGCUUCCCUCUUCUUCAUAUUCCCCCUCAUAGCCGGCGCGUUUAUGCUGGGCGGCCUGGGCUUUGGCCUCUCUGCCGGAGCAUUUGUUCUCUCUGGCAUUGUCGCCUCUGUCUUCAACCUGGCCCUGGUGGGAGCAGGCUUGGCGGCAGGCUGGGCGCUGACUAAUACACUCAUCAGAUCCGCGCUCCCAGGUUCGGCAGGCCCCAACACGAGGGGGGCGGCUGGGAGACCUGCUGCCGGCAGGAGUCGUGAGGUGGAGAUCGAUGUGGAGGCGGAAAAGAGGGAUGCAGCGGCAAGAGAGGAGAAGGAAGCUUCCGCGGCAGCUGCCGAGGAGCUGCGCAGGUUCGAUGCCCUGCUGGCCGAGCGCGAGAGGCUGCGGCAGAUCGAGCAGGGCGUGCGUUGGAAGCCAUAG